AUGUCUGGACGUGGAAAGAAAAAAGUAGUGGCUGGCAACCCUAGAAGUGCAUCAAAGAAAAGCAAAUCAGCCAAGGCAGGUCUGCAGUUCCCUGUGGGCCGUAUCUACAGACUGCUCCGAAGAGGGAAGUAUGCUCAUAGGAUUGGUUCUGGUGCUGCCAUCUACCUGGCUGCAGUGAUGGAGUACAUGGCAGCAGAGGUCCUGGAGCUGGCAGGGAAUGCUGCACGUGAAAACAAGAAGACAAGGAUCCUGCCCAGGCACAUUCAGCUGGCUGUGAGAAAUGAUGAUGAGCUGAACAAGUUCUUUGCCUGUGUGACCAUUCCUCAAGGCGGGGUUAUGCCUAAUAUCCUUUCUCAGCUCCUUCCAAAGAAAACCAGUAGAAAUGUUUCUUCUUCUCAAGAAUAUGGUGGUGGUAGCCAGUGA